AUGACGACUGGCAAAAAAUUGAAAAUGACCUUCGAAUGGAUACAAGGACUAAAAAAGUAUCAAUUUGGAUUCUUAGAUGAUCAUGUAUUGUGUAUAAAAUGUGGUCCAGCAAUAAAAUUCCAUGAUAUUUUAACUAAUAAGUUUGAUAUAUUUCACCUACCUACAAAACACCCCACUGUUUUCUCCGUACAUCCUUUGGAACCUUAUUUUGCUAUAACAGAGAUACAUAACGUGAAUCCGAAGGUUUACGUUUACAGUUAUCCCCAAAAGAAUGAAAAUAUUUUAAAAGGUGCUGCCAAAUUAGAAAUACAACAGUCCAUAUUUUCUUAUAGCAUGUAUUAUGCCACCGUGUCUGGUAUACCGGACUUUGUUUUAUCAAUAUGGGACUUUCAUUCCUGCGAAACAUUGUGUAAAACCAGUCUAAAUGGAAUAUAUCUAACAACAUUCAGCUUUUGUCCGACAGAUUGGCAUUAUCUAUUGGGAACAGAUCGCCGCUGUAUAUACUUCUGGCAGGUUGAAACAUGUAGCGAGAUUAAUUCUAUUAAAUGCAAUUCCGUGGUAUUGCCAAAAGCUUCUGUUUCGAUUGGACCCUAUGGAUUACACGAUUCUAGGACCAAUGAAGAAAAAACAGAUAGACGAUGUGAAACAAGGUUUGAUCCCGAAAUACAGGAAUCAUCAAUUACAGGACUCAACGAAUCCAGAAAAGAAGAGUUUGACGAUUAUAUGAACUCAGCUAUUCGACUGAGUUGCGUUUCACAGACGUGGACGAAUUUGGAAUUAGUUUUCAUCGGUUGUGAAGGUGGCCAGUUAUUAUUGUUUGAUCCACUUAACAUGAAUAUGAAAAUUCUAUUGAAUCCAGCUUCUGAUUGUCAGUAUCUCAAAGAAACUUUUGAUAGCCAUCCUGAAAAAAUGGCUUCCCAAUGUGAUUUUACCUCAACAGAUUCCGUAUUAGUUAAUUCAGAAGUGAAAACGGUCAACAGACUAGAAGGAUGUUUAACCUAUUUGUUAUACACAGUGUAUGGUUUAUUAGCUGCCGGUAGUGAUGGUGUUCUACGUUUAAUUAUUUUAAAUAAGGCAACAACAACAACAACAACAGUAACAACAGCCAGUAAAACAAAGCACACUGACCAAUUAUCUGCCAAAGUAAAUGAAGCAGUAAAAGUCAAUAUAAACUAUUUGUUGAAAACUGAAAUUCAAGACUGUAUAAAUCUCUAUAAAUUUGAAAACCCAAUAAAAAAUUCUGAAUACCUUUGGGGUACAAUGAUUACUGGCUUAUGUAUAUCAUCAUCUUAUAGACGAAUUGCAGUUAGUUCUCGGCUUGGUUAUUUGCGUUUAUUUAGUUUACAUGAUUCGCUACAUUCUACUAUCAGUCCAGACAAAGAAAUAUAUACUAGCUGUUAUCGAUUUGUUGGAAUGGGAUUAAUUACAAAUGAAAAAUCAAUGGUUUGUGUUACUGCAGGAAAUACUGGUAUAGUGAAUUGUUGGGAUUGUGAAGCAGGCGAAUUACUAGGAACAUUAUUUCUGAAUGACAUAUGUCACUGUAUGGUAACUUCACCAAUUUUGCCUUUGGCAGUUGCUGGAAUGAAUUCUGGUCGUAUAAUAUUUAUCGACUUUACUAGACCCAGUUCACCGAGAAUUGUAAAUGUUACUCGACUCUAUCGUAAACCUCUGACACAUAUUGCAUUCGAGCCCAAUGGUGAAUUUCUAGUUACAGUAAUAGAUAAUGGUCCAAGUAUUUUGAUGUCAGCAUUACCUACCAAAUCUUUCGAACCAAUAGGUCAUGUGUCAUUCAUUGGUAGGGUACAUAAUUUAAACAUGAUUCGAUCAAACGAUUCACAGAAAAUUUUUGUGCUACUCGCUGUUGGCAACGAAACUAAUAAAAUAGCUGAUGCUGUCUAUCAAUACGAAAUACCGAUUGAUAUUGGAAGUAACAAUGAAUUAGAUUAUCUCGAUAGUUAUCGAAAGUUAAAUGAAGACAAAAUUCAACUUAUCAAAUGGAAUUUUCACAGACCAAAAGUUGGUGUCAGUUAUUGGCCAUCAAAUGACACAUAUUACUCCACAUCACCAUUAUUGAUUGCAGCUGAUUUUCAACAGCAUGCAUUGGAAAUAUUUUGUAUCAAUGAAUCACAAAAGCAAGAAAAUCUGUCACAUAUUAUUACAGAGUACACUUAUGACAUUUUGCAAGAAUCGAAAAAUAUCAAAUUUACAAGAGUCUCUGGUACUAAUUCAUUAUUAGCUUAUUCUAUGGAUGGAUCAGUUCAAAUUAUUAACAUAAAUGAAACGGUUUCACUUCAGUGUUCUAUGAAUAUUCAUGAAUCCAAUUCACGUGGUAUAAUUGGUGCAGAAUUCUGCAAAGAUUUAAACAGUUUAAUCACAUGUGGUGGUGAUGGUUUAUUAGCCAGAGUUAAAUUAAGUGAAGGCGUGAUUAUGGAAUCCAACGUUUGCUCAUCUCCAAGUUUAGAAAAUUUACAUGAACAACUGAUUAAAUUAAAAGAAAUGGAAAGUUGUGAGAUAACACAAAAUCAAUCAUCAAUGGAUGCUGAUAAUUCACCAACGUUAGUUCAUCAAUCUGGCACAGGCCUUACAUUACCUAAUCAACAAAUAUCGGUAGAUUAUGAUGAAGAUACUGAUGUAGAUGAGUUUUCUCAUUAUAAAAAUGAUACUGACUCAGAUGUUAAUACAUGGAUAGAAUUGUGUCAGCUUGAUGCUGAAGCUUUAGAAGACUUGUUUUACAGAGAAACAAAGACCAAUAUUCUUAAUGAAUUGGAUGUGAUCAAGAAUAUAGUUAAUGCAAUGGUCGACGAAAACGAAAAUCUCCCUGAACUUCAACGCAUUGGCAGGUUAGAAUUUGAACUAGAUAUUGAUGAACAAAAUGUCAUAUUAGAGCAAACAAAGGAAUUAGUUAACAAGCUCCGAAAAGAAAUCAAUUUAGGAGAUUUAGCAAAACAAUUUACCUGUCAAGCUAUCAAAACUCAAUGUUGGGAUGAAAUGUUUGUCAAGGGAAGAUGUUUAAAAGCGUUCAAUUCACCGACUAAAGUAUCCAAUUAUCCACUAAAAGAUUUGACAGAAAAUGAAAAACAACUAAUUCAUACUGUAACUGCUAGAAUGAAAAUUAUUCAUACAGUAGCAAGAGAAAGAGAAUUACUCUCCUCACAGUUAUCUCAAUCAGAUAUGUCAAAAAAGCCCAGUCAAAAACACAAGGAAGAAUUAGAUGAAGACGAGGAAGCAGAACAAUCAAUAAAUCGAAUUCUUGCUGGAAGUACUGCUAGAGAAAAUGGUGGAGCGAUUGACCGUGGUUAUGGUCAAAUGGAUUUGAAUACACGGACGCAAAAGAUUCAUCAAAUUGUUUUGAUAAAAAAUGCAGUUUAUCGUAUGAAAGAAUCCUUUAACAAACAGUUCGAUGAAGUCUAUGAACAGAAAGCAAAUUAUCUUGCUACCAUUCAAACGAAAUUAUCAAAAAUACGUAAAAUCCAUACAGAUCUUAAACAGUCGCACUUAAUUAAGAAUUUAAUUAAUCCAAAAUUUGAUCCUGACGAAGAACCAGAACAGUUAUUCACUGUUACAGAUAGUGAAAUAACAGUGGAGAAAUACUUUACACCUGAGCAAUUAGCUGAAAUCCAAAUGAAACGAUUAGCUGACGAAGAAAGAAGACGCAAAGAGAAGUUGGAUAAUUGGCGUGAAAAAGGUUUGGAACAAAUGAUGAAUGGUGUAUUAGAAGUUACAAAAGAAGAUGAACUGAAAAAGGAUGUGCCGAAACCAGCUUUCGUAUUAAGUGGUAAACCAUUAGAUCAAUGGACAGAGGAAGAUAAACAAGCAUACGCUGAAUAUGAACUUAAAGUCAAAGAGUUAAAUGAAGAAAGAGAAAAACAUAAAAAGUUUUUAGAAGGUGAAUUGAAAAAGUUUUACAGUGAAAUAGAUGAAAUAAAAGAAAGAUUUGAUGAGGAGUUAACUUCUCUAUUCAACAAAUGGCUUCAUGUUCAAGUGGCUGUAUUACAAGAAGAAUUAAAAAUAUGGCGACUUAAAUGGAUGUUACUUAUUGAAGAGGAAUUAAUUACUAGAGAAUAUGAAUUAAAAGAAUCGAUUAAUGAACUGUAUAAGGAAGAAAGACAAAUUAAUGAAAAUAUAGAAACGGCCAAAUCAAUACUGGAGCAAAUUCGAGAAGAAGUUGAAGUAUUGUCUGCUGAUGAUAAAUUAAUGGAGAAAGCUGUAAAAAAAGAAUUUAGUGAUAUACACGGACCGUUAUAUGAUUUUAUUGCCAAAUCUUAUAAAAAACGUCCAAAACGCCCAAUGUUACCUCAUUCGGAAAGAAAGACUGAUCAUACUGGAAGUGAUACACAAUUAUCUAAACAACUGAAUCCAUAUAUUGAAAAGAUAUAUCAAUCACCACAUCCAGUUAAACAAAUUAGCCUUAUAGAAGAAAGCCUGGUCGAACUAGAUAAUGAUCCGUUACGUGAAGGACAUCUUGGAUGUGACAAUGCUAUAUGGAGUAGAUUGUGUUCAUUAAGACGUCGGAAGAUUAUGAAAGAGUUGGAAAUUAAAUUUGUUAAUCAAAAGCUUAAUGAUGUUUUAAAUUUUAUUCGUAGACGUGAAAAUGACUUACAAUCAAUACAUGUAUUGUUAGCCGAAAGAAAAAGUCAAUUAGAUAAUUUAUUAAAAGAUUAUCAUCGAGAACAGAUAGAUUUAGAAUUACAAUUAUUAAUUAAACAAGGAUUUGUUGAAGUCAACAUUAACCAAUUACAUUUAAUUCAUGAUUAUGACGAUGCCUUAUUGAUACAAAGAGAACAAGUUGAAGAAUUGAAUAAACAAAUAAUCCAAUUGGGUGAAUCGAAAGUUUCAUAUAUGAUGAAAAAUAAAGAAUUUAAAAAACGAUUUUAUCAUCUUGAAUGGGAACUACGUAAAAUGUUAAUGCAUUAUGAAGAUUUACAAAGCAGAUUAGGUGAUAUACGAAGAUUUAAAAUAACCAGCGAAAUACGUGAUUAUCUUCAAUCAAAUGAUUAUGAUUCUUUGAUCAAUACACAAAUUACAAAUGCUGAACGUACCAUACAAAUGAUAAAAGAAAAUCACGAAAAAACAAUGGCUCAUAAACUUGCUCGUCUGCGUCAAUAUGAAAUACAUCAAAGUGAACAACUUCAGAAGGAGAACGAAAAAGCGAAGAAAGAUAUAGAAGAAUGGAAUGUUGUUUUACAUGAGACGAAAUUCAUUCAUCAACAUAAACAUAUGAAAAAUGACAAUCCUCAACUUCGACAUAAAUUAUUAAUUCAACAUCAAAAUAUUACAAAUAAAAUUAAAGAACAAGCUAAAGAAAUCAAAAUGUUACAAGCUGAAUUAGUUUAUUUACGUCAACAAAAGUCGAAUCUAACAGUAUUUCAUUGA